AUGUCGCCCUGCACACAUUCACAAUGGUUAGAUCUUGCCGCUGUCGAUCCGGGCUGGUCUAUCGUCAACCCAGAUCGUUUGAGAACGAUUCGAGACGCGCUACCAGACCCGGACCAGCAAAGACCGAUAAUUGUAUUCUUUCUCGGCAAGUCAAGAAAAUCUCGGACGCUCAAAAGAUUGCUUACACAGAACAAUGUGGCCAGGAAGAGGCCGCACGGAAUCGCGAAUCUGUACGUUGACCUGGCCACAGAAGUGAGCAGUCACCCACUCAUCGUGGCCGAUUGCACACUUGGCGCGCCGCUAUAUUAUCCAGAAGAUCUCUGGAAAGGAUGUCAUGCCCACCGGCAUCUAUCCGUGAACCAUAGUGACGGCCGCAAGGAGCUCUCGGAAAGUGCCAUCAUUCGCAAACUUCUGGCACAUCUACUCUUCCCGCUAGUGCAUGUUGUGUGCCUCUUUGCAGUCGAUUUGGGGGGCAAUGGGCCCUGUGGCACGUAUGUGGCUCAACUCCUGCAAACAUAUGCCAGAAACCCGUCCGCAGUGCUAACCACAGCGCCUGAGCUGAUCAUCGUCUCCGAAGACGCCACCAGUAUUGACGCCUUAACUCAGUUGCAAUGCGAGCCAGCCUUUGGUGGCUUAUUUGCAGGACUGACCAUUGUCACGACCAAUGUGCGUGAAUCAACAGACGUCUCGGUGCGAAGGUUGAAGCGAAUAGUACAAAUAACCGCUGAAACCGUACGUAGCGAGCGCCAAGAGGACUCACAGCUAUUCUCCGCGGCUGACAUGAGGCGCAUCUUCGAUUGUGGACUCACUGGCUUCGCUGAGCAGCCUGGUAAAGCACUGGAUGUAUUCUCCUCCAUCGACCACCCUGUCAGGGAGCUAGUUGCGUCUGAUAUGGUACGCCAUAUUGGCGAAUUUCUGACGCAAGGGUCAGCAUUGGAAAUUGCUGGGCCAGCUGCGGCCAGCUUCAUCGCGACAGCCCUGUUUGUGCAGGGAUACCCACUUCACUCCCACCGUUUUGCGCCUGGCGUCAUCUACGACUCUGUCUUCGCGCAGUCCAUCAAGUUCGCCUGUGAAAGCAAAGGGGCAUAUGCAUCCAUUGUUUGCGAGGUUAAGUUGGACUUUUACGCACUCUUUGAACUAUUGACGCAAACUACUACCCCAAACUUGUUGAGGAAAGAGUACUUACGAAGAUCCGGGCAUUUGUUUGCAGGCUUACAGUCGGUCACAACGUGCUGGGGCUGCCUCGUCCGCGCCCCGGAAUACAUGUCCCACUUUGGACACGGUCUUUGUGCAAGAUGUGUAGAGCAGUAUGGUACACGCUCCAGCCAUGCACACAGCUACAACUUAACCCAUUGCCUGAUCUGUGGGGAACAGCACCAGACCACUAUUCAUCUAAAACCAUGGACAGUGGAGCCCAACAUUCUUGCUAUUGAUGGUGGCGGUGUGCGAGGGAUCGUUGCAUUGACAAUGAUCCAGAAAUUAACAGCCGCCCUCGGCUCGCCAGUGAGUGAAUAUGUUGAUUAUGCUGCAGGCACCAGCGCGGGCGGACUCAUCAUUCUUGACCACAUUAUUGUCGGCACAGCCAUCGACAUGAGCAUGGAACGAUUCACACAAUUGGCGUCGAGGAUAUUCCCACCAAGAAUGUACCGCCACUUUGGCCUUUUUCAGCUGCUGAUGGAUUACGUACGAUGGUGGCUCAGUGACAAUAAAUACGACUCAGAUACUCUGGAAGAUGUCGCGCGGGACUGCUUUGGCACUCGCGAGCGGCUUUUCGACGCCCAUGAGACUCGCGCACAGAGCAUCAAAAUUGGCGUCAUGGCGACGACGACGAGCGCAAGCCAGCUCCGAAUAUUUUGCAACUACAAUGGCGAAGCCAGAGCGUCGCAGCAUGUCGGUUACGCCAUACUACGUAGCAACAAAGCCACGAAUGAGCCCUAUCUCUGGGAGGUAGCUCGUUGCACAGCGGCAGCACCUAGUUACUUUCGUCCCAAGAGACUCAAGGGUUUCGGAUGGCUACAGGAUGGCGGCAUGAGAGCGAAUAAUCCCUCUGCAGCAGCCAGGGCGGAGCUCCGAUGCAUUUGGCCACGUACGCCGAAGCCGAACGUUGUCAUUUCCGUAGGAACGGGCUACUCCGAGACUGCUUGUCCUGAAAGCGAGCGAAACCGUAGUAUUUUACGGGACGGCUUCAUUCCCCGAACGAUACGUGGUUUCCUGGCAUCGCCUUCGAUUGACGGAGAGAGUGGAUGGACCGACCUGCUUCAAAAUUUAUCUGACGCGGAGAAAAGAGGGUAUCAUCGCAUCAGCCACAGAUUUGCCAAGAAACCACCAGCCCUGGACGACGCCUCAGCGGUCCCUGGCCUAGUCAAGACAAUCGGCCACCAACACCUCGACUGCGACGAGAUUGUGAGUGCUCUCUGGGCGUCCCGAUUCUUCAUGGAACUGCAGGCAGAGCCCGAGUACAACCGUGGUCAGUAUCAAUGUCAAGCAGUCGUCCUUUUCCGGGGUGGUGAUGUGCGACCACUGGUCCGGGCUAUGAGCGAUCGACACUCAUCCCUACGUAUCAUGCUCGGUAGUCGAGUACUUUUGCACCUAGAAGGGGGCGACAGCAGCUGCGUUGGAUGUGGGCAUUUCCAGCACAACUUCACGUUUACCAUACGACACCUAGACGACAUCAUAAAGUUGACGCUAGCGUAUGGUGGACGGCUGGAAGGCUUAUUGUCAGGGUCCGGAAAAUCGGUGAAUUGGUUCAUCGAACAACAGACAUGUCAUGGAAGGCUGAGGCGGUGGGCGGAGGAAGGUCACAGCUGUGGCUACUCGCCCAAGAGGGCGAUCUCUGUUGGUCGUGGGAGCCAAUCGUCAAAGCGGCGAAGGUUGUGA